CAGGCCGAGGCAAGCAGUAACAACUGCCCUACGAAAAAAUCUCGAAGACCCAAAAUCCAAGACAGUCACGUCUCUCUCUCUCUAGCUGCGAUCGCCAUGGAAACGCUGAGCUCAUCUCCUUCAAUCGUCUCUCCAUCUCCUUCUCCUCUCUCCUUCUUCUCCCCAAAGAAAAGAGACUUGCCAGCCAGACUUCUCCGCGUCCACACCUCGAAGAAAAAUGGUGACGACUCCGAUCUCCGAUCCGACUCAAACGAGUCCGCCAUCGUUCCUUUCUUCAACAAGCCCACUCUAUCAAAGGAUGCGGCCAUGGGGUUGGUCCUCAGCGCUGCCUCUGUGAGAGGCUGGACUACGGGUUCGGGCAUGGAAGGUCCUUCCGUUCCUGCUGCAGCUGAGGACGGUUCAAGUACCGAGAAGGUAGCGACCUUCCCGUGGUCCCUCUUCACCAAAUCUCCACGUAGGCGAAUGCGUGUGGCUUUCACUUGCAACGUCUGUGGCCAGAGAACUACUCGGGCUAUUAAUCCCCAUGCCUACACCGAUGGCACCGUCUUUGUGCAGUGUUGUCGAUGCAAUAUCUUUCACAAGCUGGUAGACAAUCUGAACCUGUUUCAUGAGAUGAAGUGCUACGUGAAUCCAAGCUUCAAUUAUAGGAAUCAGAAAUGGGAUGUUGGAUUCAGGUUGUUUGACAUGGACGACGAUGAUGGUUCAUUUUGACUCCAUUGGAAAUUUACCAGAUAAAAUGUUCUAUAGUUGAUAGAUGGAUUGCUUGUAAGUGUUUGAGCAUCCAUUCUUCCAAGAUUGACAAGUGCAAGCUCAGGAUGUCGUGGUAGGGCAACUGGUCAAGAUUGAAGUAAGUUUUGAUGAGUGGGACACUCAUUUUUCUAGGGUGCAUUUGAUGAAAUUUGAGAAGGUUUAUUGGAUCAUCAUCUCGGAUUUAUGUUUGCUUGAAUUCUGGGCGUAUUCAUUUGGGUUUGGGUGUUUGCUUCCUUUAUUUUCCCUGUCAAUAUAUGAUGUCUUUUCUGCUAUAAUUUUGUUUGGAACUGGGUUUACUUGGAAGGAUGUUUAAAAUUCGAAUUUUUGUUUCAUACCAA